CCCCCGUUCCUAGUCACCCCCAGUCUCCCCCAUUCCCCUUCCUCCCCCGCGUCCGCCCGCCGUCGCCGUCUUCCCCACGCCGCCGCGCCACGAUCCCUCGCCGAUUCGAGCCAGGUCCGGGUCUCCGUACACCCUCGCGCGCGGCAGGGGCGAUGGCGCACCCGAUGUACGGCUCCGGCCCGCUCCGAUCCAGGAACGCGGCGAGCUCGGACGAGAUCCAGCUGCGGAUCGACCCGGUGCACGGGGACCUCGACGAGGAGAUCGACGGGCUGCACUCCAGGGUCCGCAUGCUCAAAGGGGUGGCCCAGGAGAUAAAUUCUGAAGCCAAGUUCCAGAAUGAUUUCCUUAACCAAUUGCAAAUGACCCUUGCAAAAGCUCAGGCAGGAGUGAAGAAUAACAUGCGAAGGUUGAACAAGAGCAUCAUCCGGCAGGGCUCAAAUCAUGUUCUCCAUGUUGUCCUCUUCGCUCUGUUUUGCUUCUUGGUUGUCUAUCUCCUGUCAAAGUUCUCCAGAAGAUAGUUUCAUUGUCAGGUGGCAUCAAAUCUAGGAUACCUUGAGUUGUAUGUAGUCUAAAGAAGAAAAUAUGCUAUCUGUUGUACUUCAUGUCUCACGACAAACCGAGGGAAAUUAUUACUCUUAUAAGAUCACUUCUAACCUCAUCGACUGAUCUGUUUGACUGAGGUAUUCUAUUUGUUAAGGUGAUUGCGUCGGGCACAGGUUUGCGUAUUGCAGCCCUCAAGCGCAUGCAGCGAGUUGGGUGUGGAUCAAGACUAUAAUAGGAGCAAGAAAGCUUCAAUUGAUCAUGUCGCUUGGAAAUGGAAACUGUAUAUAGCUUGUACGUGAAUCCAUUCUGGAUUGUUUUUAUAGGAUUUUAUUUCAUUAUAAAUGGCUGAAGCUAUUUCAGAGCUAC